AUGCCGGCCGUGAAAGCCUUCGACAGUUCAUUGAAAGAGUUCUUGAUACCCAGCUUAGGAGCAGGCCGAAGUAGCCAUGAAGGCCGUGGGGGUGACGCAAAUCGCAAAAGCAGCAUGGUGCCGCUAGCUGAAAGGAUCCAGGUGCUUCUAUUCCGAGGGAUUUUCAUAGCUACACCCUUAUAUGGAAAGCCCGUAGCCUGCCAGCAUGAUCUCACCUUGGAAAAAUGCGCUUUCGCUCACGUGGGUGACAAGCCAGUCCUUGUUUCUCUUUCUCUGGCCUCCAGCGGCCAGUUCGCGAUCGUGCGGAAGUGCCGAGAGAAGAAAACCGGCUUGGAGUACGCGGCCAAGUUCAUCAAGAAGCGGCGACUGUCCUCGAGCCGCCGAGGGGUGAGCCGCGAGGAGAUCCAGCGGGAAGUGAACAUCCUGCGCGAGAUCCAGCACCCCAACAUCAUCACCCUUCAUGACAUUUUUGAGAACAAGACGGACGUGGUGCUGAUUCUAGAACUGGUGUCGGGUGGCGAGCUGUUCGACUUCCUGGCUGAGAAGGAAUCCCUGACAGAGGAGGAGGCCACCCAGUUCCUCAAGCAAAUCCUGGAUGGGGUCUAUUACCUCCAUUCCAAACGCAUCGCCCAUUUCGACCUUAAGCCUGAAAAUAUCAUGCUCCUUGACAAAAAUGUCCCUAGUCCCCGAAUCAAACUGAUUGAUUUUGGCAUUGCUCACAAGAUUGAGACAGGAAAUGAAUUUAAAAACAUCUUCGGCACUCCAGAAUUUGUAGCUCCAGAAAUAGUGAAUUAUGAACCUUUGGGGCUUGAGGCCGAUAUGUGGAGCAUCGGGGUCAUCACUUACAUCCUCUUGAGUGGCGCCUCUCCAUUCUUGGGGGAAACGAAGCAGGAGACCUUGACCAACAUUUCUGCUGUGAAUUAUGACUUUGACGAGGAAUACUUCAGCAACACCAGCGAACUGGCCAAGGACUUCAUUCGGCGACUGCUUGUGAAGGACCCCAAGAAACGAAUGACGAUCGACCAGAGCCUGGAGCAUCCGUGGAUCAAGGUGAUCAAGAGGCGGAACGUCCGCAACGAAGACAACGGCAAGAAGCCGGAGCGGCGGCGCCUGAAGACCACGCGGCUGAAGGAAUACACCAUCAAGUCGCACUCCAGCAUGCCACCCAACAACACCUACAUCAACUUUGAGCGCUUCUCCAAGGUCAUGGAGGAGGUGGCGGUGGCCGAGGAGAGCCUGCGCGAGCUGCAGCAGAGUAAGAGGUCCUUUCGGGAGGACAUCGAGGCCCUGCGGUCCAUCUACGAGGAGAAGGAGUUGUGGUACAAAGAAGAGAACGAGGCCAUCAGCCAGGAUCUCCGCCAAAUCCAGCAGGAGAUGCAGAAGACGGAGGCUCUGAAGCGGCAGGCUCAGGAAGAGGCGAAGAGUACCUCACUGGCAGCCAACAGGCUAAAACGGCAUCUCCGGAAGCUGGAGAACCGCUACGAGGCCCUCGCCAAGCAGAUGGCCUCAGAGAUGAAGUUUGUCCAAGAGCUAGUCCGUUCGGUGGAGUUGGAGAAGCUGCAGGGUGGAGAAGAAGACUGUGGAAUUCGCUAAUGAGGUCCCUUCUGGGGAGAUGGGAGACGGUCAUAUCCUCCUCAGGGUCAGGUCUCCCCACCCUGUGUCCACAACCCACACUUCCCAGGGGCAGAAAACCCACUGGCCUGUUCUCCCCACUGAAUUGUUUGGCCUGCUUCCAGAAUCGCACAUUCCAUCAUGCAACGCUUCUGCCUGGACCCCGCGUGGAGGACGCGUUCGUGCAUGUUGGGAACUUUUCGUAUUUCUCCACUUGAAGAUGGGAUGGGACGCUUAUGAAAUGCGUACCCCGGCAGGGCUUGGCAGAGGGUCUGUCGGCCACCAUGGACGCCUCCUUUUCCCGCCAGCUGACGCUUUGCAUUUCUUGAGAAUCCCAAACUUGAGGCGAUUCGGAAACCGCCCUCCCCAAAAGAGAUUUCCUGCUGCAGUGGGUGAGGUGGAAGAUCUAUCCCCGUGGAUUUUGAUUUUGUGCAAAUGGGAUCCACAACCCAAAGGCUGUGACUCUCCUCUCAGCUCAGCUACUCUAGGACUGCCCAUUCUUUGUCAAGAACGGGCCAGGGUUCCUGGCAUCUAGGGGGCAUUCUGGGUGGGUGGCAUUCCAGAACAAUCUCAGUUCACCAAUUUUGCAUGGCUUUUGGGGAGGGGGUGGCUCUCUUGAAUUGCAGCCCCCCAGAGGGAAAGCCACAGGGGUGAGGAAUGCCAGACUUACCCCAUGAAGCUGGGCUGGGCGUGCAGGGGCAGAACCGCCAAGAACCUUUUGAGCAAAUCCAGACGGAUUUUAUCUUUCACCAAGGGGGGUGCAUUUUGGACUGCCGAUCGCAGGAGAUGGUUUCCUUAUUUUUAUGUAUUUUAAUCUCUGUCAGGGAAUAGGCGGCUUUUCUGUGACCCGUGAGUAAACGUUUUGUAAAAAAGAAAAAAACCCCAACCCAUCUCACGAUGCUUCCUUGAAUGAACCCGGCUUCAUCCCCGUCGCUGUCCGGUUGGGGCUGAAUCUAACACAAGGUUUCCUGACUGCUGGCCUCGCUGGGAAGGGCGGUUGAGAGGAUCCCGGGGGGAGAUCUCUUCCCCACCCAGGUUUUAAGGGCGUGCUUGUCAUUUUGAUGGUUUCUUCCCUUCCUUUUAACGAUCCUGCUCGGAUUUGCUCCGGAUCUGAAAUUGAGUGGGGUGUUGAGAAAUCCUCACCGUCUCUUUGAACAAGGGAAAGUCCUUGCACAGGAUAGUAGAUCGCUCCCUUGAGCAGUAAAUAAGUACGUCCAUCGGAUUUCUUUUCUGGAACUUUGCUUAUCCUUUGAAAGCCAACAUCUGUCAGCCAGGCUGGAGUUUCUUCUAAUGGCACAUCUCAUCCGGGAGACCCAUCCUUCCUCUCUUCUCUGCAAAUUUAUUCUCUCUUUUUCAGUGUUGACUGAGCACCUGUUUCAUGUCCUCUUUUAAGCAGCUAAGAAUUUCCCACAAGGCAUGCCCCUGAAUUGUUGAGGUGGGUUGCAAUUGGGGUGCUCCAAUAAACGUAAUAUAAAGACUCCUUCCAGUUCAGCUAAACUUCUGGUGGUUGCUGGAAACGGUCCGCGUUCUUUUCUUGGCCACAAUACAGCAGAGAGCUUUUUCUUCCGUUCGCUUCCACCUCCGGGUACAUUUCCUGGUGGUCUCCCAUCCAAGCGUUAAUCAAAUCUGACCCCGCUUCGUUUUUACAUCAGCUAAACCUAGCUUGGGGCUGCCACCAGUUGUGGCUGUGAAUGUAUCAUGGGAAACGCCUCACCCUUUUCACAUGUGUUUUAAAAAACAGAUGCACACUCUUCUCUUGAGUACUGAACAGCGGCAUCACAGUGAUGUUGUAGCAAUAAAAAAUGUUUAAAGUAAUUUAAGACGGAUUGCCCGUUUUGGAUGACUUUUGAAGGCUAAGAAACAGUAGAGCCGUCAAUCUGAAAUCCAAAAUCUGAAUCAGUGUUUCUCAACCUUGGCAGCUUUAAGAUGUGUGGACUUCAA